UGCAGUUUCUCAGAACCACUGAAAAAGUUGUAUGGAAGCAAGGAUGUAAAUGGAAAACGUUGUUGGUCUGAGCGGGAGGAAACAACAAACGGACAUCGAACAGGCAAAGGAUUCUCACAACAGAUGGGGAUUUCAGCUUAUCAAAGGUGUUCGAAUACUCUGCGGAGAGUAUUCUCACAAUUCGUUGGAGAGAUAAUCGAGGCAAUGGCUGGGUAUAUACCCCUACCAGCAAUUAUGUCAAAGCUUUUAUCCGACAAUGGGUGUCAAGAAUUUGGUGAUUUUAAACUUGUCAUAGAUAGAAUGCUGUCUAUGUAUCUUCAUCAAAAAAGAAUACUGGAAACAGCUAAGUCAGUUAUCGAGGAUGAUUCGUUCUAUACCUUGAGCUCAUUAAAGAGAGGGGUUUGCCAUGGAUUUGCUCCACAUACUUUUGUCUGUUGUGUAUGCAACUUCUCACUUUCCAAAGAAGGUGCUGUUUCAGCAGUUCGAGUGUUCAGUUGUGGACAUGCAACGCAUCUUCACUGUGAGUGUGAACAAAGCAAAUCAUCCAGUAAGGAUUUUCAAGACGGAUGUCCAGUUUGUCUCUCAGCAAGUGACACACAAGCCCGGAACAGAUCACCUAUAAUAUCUGAGAAUGGGCUAAACAGGCACUCCAUGGUUGAAAAUGAAGUACCAUAUGGCGUCCAUCGUAAUCACGAGACAGAUCAUGUUGAGAGAUCUCGCAGGCUUCAGCAGAUGUCACGGGUUCUGACAAGAAUCAAGUGCGGUAGACUAUGCAAUGGUGAAAAGGUGCAAACACCUGAGAAAUCUGCUUUGUCCAUUCGUGCAAUGACCUCAAAGGUCGGCUGCUGCUCCGACUGCUAG